UAGUGCGCAAUCAGCUAGAUCGGCCGGUUGCUGUAACCAUUUGGUACACUCCUAUUUUGACCUACACAAAUAGUGUACAUGCGUGAUGUUUCCUCGGUUAUGACCUGCCUGCAGGCACAGGCAUCCUCAAGGACUGGCUAUAAGAGGAUCGGGAGUGCUUGCCGCUUGACCCGGCGACAACUGAAGUUUGUGUUUGUGAUACACACCAUCGAAAUACAAGGAGAGGGAGCCAUGGGAGAAGAGAAGCCACGGGAUGGCCAUUCGGGGAAGCACAAGUAUGCCGUGGCGUGCUCCAUUAUCGGCUCCAUCAUCUCCAUCCUCAUGGGAUACGACACGGGCGUGAUGAGCGGCGCGAUGCUGUUCAUCAAGGAGGACCUCAAGACCAACGACACGCAGGUGCAGGUCCUCGCGGGCAUCCUCAACGUCUGCGCCCUCGCCGGCUCCCUCACCGCCGGCCGCAUCUCCGACUGGAUCGGCCGCCGCCGCACCAUAUCUCUCGCGUCAUGCAUCUUCCUCGCCGGCUCGGCCCUCAUGGGCCUCGCGCCAAACUUCGGCACGCUCCUGGCGGGCCGCUGCGUCGCCGGCGUCGGCGUGGGCUACGCGCUAAUGAUCGCGCCGGUCUACGCGGCUGAGAUCUCGUCCACGCAGAUCCGCGGCUCGGUCACGUCGCUGCCCGAGAUCUGCAUCAGCUUCGGCAUCCUCAUAGGGUACGUGGCCAACUACCUGCUCGCCAAGCUGCCGCUGGUCUACGGCUGGCGCGCCAUGCUCGGGCUCGGCGCGCUGCCGAGCGCCGUGCUCGCCGUCGGCGUGCUCGCGAUGCCGGAGUCGCCCCGGUGGCUCGUCAUGCAGGGCCGCGUCGAGCAGGCCCUCGCCGUGCUCCGGCGGGUGUGCGACACCGACGGCGAGGCCGACGAGCGCAUCGCGGAGAUCAUGGUCGCGGCGGGGCUCGCGGAUGACGACGCCGCCGCGAGUGGUGCGCCCCACGAGCCGGGCAGUGUCGGCAAGGGCGUCUGGAAGGAGAUGUUCGUGCAACCGACGCCACCCGUGCGGCGCAUCCUCGUCGCGGCCUUCGGUGUCCACUUCUUCCAGCACCUGACGGGCAUCGAAGCCGUGGUGCUCUACAGCCCGCGCAUCUUCAAGGCGGCCGGCAUCGUCACCCGCAGCGAGAUCCUCGCGGCGACCAUCGGCGUGGGCGUGACCAAGACGGUGUUCAUCCUGACGGCCAUCCUGCUCGUGGACCGCGUCGGACGGAGGCCGCUAUACCUCUCCAGCCUGGCGGGCAUCAUCGCCUCGCUGGCCUGUCUCGGAGUCGGCCUCACCGUCGUCGAGCGCUCGGCGCCGCACCACUCCCCGGCGUGGGCGGUGGUGGUGUCCAUCUUGACGGUGUUCACCUUCAUAGCGUCCUUCUCCGUCGGCGUGGGGCCCAUCACCUGGGCGUACAGCUCGGAGGUUUACCCGCUCCGGCUACGCGCGCAGGGCGCCAGCGUGGGCGUGGCCAUCAACCGCGUGAUGAACGCCGGCGUGUCCAUGACGUUCGUGUCGCUGUACAAGGCGGUCACCAUCGGCGGCGCCUUCUUCCUGUUCGCGGGGCUGGCCGUGCUGGCGGCUGCGUUCUUCUACUUCAUGUGCCCCGAGACGCAGGGCCGGCCGCUGGAGGAGAUAGAGGAGGUGUUCAGCCGCGGGUGCCGCGCACGGCUUCGGUCGCCGGCGGCAGUGGUGGAGCUUCCGGUGUCCAACGUCGUACCCGACGGCGAGGCGCGGCCGUGAUGCGAUUGCAAUAAACGUGCAUCACCCAUGUGUUUAUAUAUGUGUCAAGAUUUCUCA